AACCCCCUCCCUCCUGUUAGCUGACGGUUAGCCCAGCCCGGUGCUUCUCUCUCGGUGUGAUUAGUUGAGACGCACCGGCUCCGCCGACAUAACGGUGCCGUUAGGACUGAACCGACUCUCCGCCAGACUCUCAGCCGGCCCGGACACCCCGACACCCCGCAGGGACCCACCGUACAGCGUCCGUAGAUCAACCGCUGAAGAUGAUUAAGCUCUUUUCCCUGAAGCAGCAGAAGAAAGACGAGGAAUCUGCCGGAGGAAACAGAGCAGGAGCCGGGGGCAAGAAGGCGAGCGCGGCCCAGCUCCGGAUACAGAAAGACAUCAAUGAGUUGAACCUGCCAAAGACGUGUGAGAUCAACUUCCCCGAUGACGAUGACCUCCUCAACUUCAGACUCAUCAUCUACCCAGACGAGGGUUUUUACAAAGGAGGGAAAUUUGUCUUCAGCUUUAAGGUAGGACAGGGUUACCCCCACGACCCUCCCAAGGUAAAGUGCGACACGAUGGUGUAUCACCCCAACAUCGACCUGGAAGGAAACGUCUGCCUAAAUAUCUUAAGAGAGGACUGGAAGCCCGUGUUGACAAUAAACUCCAUCAUCUACGGUCUACAGUAUCUAUUUCUAGAGCCGAACCCGGAGGACCCGUUGAACAAGGAGGCGGCGGAGGUCCUACAGAUGAACCGGCGGCUGUUUGAGCAGGGUCCGGCUCGUUGGCAGAGGCAGGAGCUGGGGCGACAGAAAGCAGCACGCCACAAGACGCUUUUCUGUUUUAAAACAAAAGAAGAAACGCCACCUCCCUCUACACUCCUCACCUCCCCCCUCUGCCUCACCCCUCCUCCCCCUCCUCGGUCCUGCUCGUUGGCAGAGGCAGGAGCUGCGGCGACAGAAAGCAGCACGCCACAAGACGCUUUUCUGUUUUAA